CAGGCGGCGGGCCGCGGCCACCGUGCACCGGGGACAAGGCUUGUAAGCUUUUUGGGCUCCGCGCCCCGCGCGCGCGCGCUCGCGCCCCAGCGAUGGCUGCUCCCAGGCCGCUGCUGCUACGCCCUCGCCCCGGCGGCGUCCUGCUGCUGCUACCCGGCCUCCUGCUGCCCCUCGCUAGCGCCUUCAACCUGGACGUCGAAAGCCCCGCCGAGUACGCCGGCCCCGAGGGAAGUUACUUCGGAUUCGCCGUGGACUUCUUCGUGCCCAGCAAGUCCUCCAGGAUGUUUCUCCUGGUGGGAGCCCCAAAAGCAAACACAACCCAGCCUGGGAUUGUUGAAGGCGGGCAAGUCCUCAAAUGUGACUGUUCUUCGAGCCGCCGGUGUCAGCCCAUUGAGUUCGACUCAACAGGUAAUCGAGAUUUUGCCAAAGAUGACCCACUGGAGUUUAAGUCCCACCAGUGGUUUGGAGCCUCUGUGAGGUCAAAGCAGGAUAAAAUCUUGGCCUGUGCUCCACUGUACCACUGGAGGACCGAGGUGAAGCAGGAGAGGGAGCCGGUUGGAACUUGCUUUCUUCAGGAUGGAGCAAGGACCGUUGAGUAUGCUCCAUGCAGGUCAAAAAACAUCGAUGCUGAUGGACAGGGAUUUUGUCAAGGAGGAUUCAGCAUUGAUUUUACUAAAGCUGACAGAGUCCUUCUUGGUGGUCCUGGUAGCUUUUAUUGGCAAGGUCAGCUUAUUUCGGAUCAAGUGGCAGAAAUAAUUUCCAAAUAUGACCCUAAUGUCUAUAGCAUCAAAUAUAAUAACCAAUUAGCAACACGGACGGCACAAGCAAUUUUUGAUGACAGUUAUUUGGGUUAUUCUGUGGCCGUGGGGGACUUCAAUGGUGAUGGCGUUGAAGAUUUUGUUUCAGGAGUUCCAAGAGCAGCGAGGACUUUGGGAAUGGUUUAUAUUUAUGAUGGGAAAAAUAUGUCCUCUUUACACAAUUUUACCGGUGAACAGAUGGCUGCAUAUUUUGGAUUUUCUGUAGCUGCCACUGACAUUAAUGGGGAUGAUUUUGCAGACGUGUUCAUUGGAGCCCCUCUGUUCAUGGACCGAGGCUCUGAUGGGAAACUCCAAGAGGUGGGCCAGGUCUCAGUGUCUCUGCAGAGAGCCUCAGGAGACUUCCAGACUACCAAGCUGAAUGGGUUUGAGGUUUUUGCCAGGUUUGGAAGUGCCGUAGCUCCUUUGGGAGACCUGGACCAAGACGGUUUUAACGAUAUUGCGAUUGCUGCUCCAUAUGGUGGCGGAGAUAGAAAAGGACUUGUUUAUAUCUUCAAUGGAAGGUCAACAGGCUUGAACUCCGCGCCGUCUCAGAUCCUCGAGGGGCAGUGGGCUGCUCAGAGCAUGCCUCCAAGCUUUGGCUAUUCAAUGAAGGGAGCUACAGACGUAGACAGGAAUGGAUACCCAGACUUAGUUGUUGGAGCUUUUGGUGUGGAUCGAGCUGUCUUAUACAGAGCCAGACCCGUUGUCACCGUAAAUGCUGGCCUUGAAGUGUAUCCUAGCAUUUUAAAUCAAGACAAUAAAAUCUGCCCAUUGCCUGGGACAGCUCUCAAAGUUUCCUGUUUUAAUGUCAGAUUCUGCUUAAAGGCGGAUGGCAAAGGAACACUUCCAAGGAGGCUCAACUUCCAGGUGGAGCUGCUUUUGGAUAAACUCAAGCAAAAGGGAGCAAUCCGACGAGCACUGUUUCUCCAUAACAGGUCCCCGGGGCACGCCAAGAACAUGACAGUUUUCAAGGGGGCACAGAUGCAGUGUGAGGAACUGGUCGCCUACUUGCGGGAUGAAUCUGAGUUUAGAGACAAACUCACUCCCAUCACUAUUUUCAUGGAGUACCGGCUGGACCAGAGAACGGCUGCUGACCCAACAGGCUUGCAACCCAUCCUGAACCAGUUCACCCCAGCCAAUGUCAGUCGGCAGGCUCAUAUUCUACUUGACUGUGGGGAAGACAAUGUCUGUAAACCUAAACUGGAAGUUUCUGUAGAUAGCGAUCAGAAGAAGAUCUAUAUUGGGGACGACAACCCUCUGACACUGACGGUGAAGGCGCAGAACCAGGGAGAAGGAGCCUAUGAGGCGGAGCUCAUAGUCACCAUCCCCCCGCAGGCUGACUUCAUCGGGGUCGUCCGAAACAAUGAAGCCUUAGCAAGACUUUCCUGUGCAUUUAAGACAGAAAACCAAACACGGCAGGUGGUGUGUGACCUUGGAAACCCAAUGAAGGCUGGAACUCAACUGCUUGCUGGUCUUCGUUUCAGUGUGCACCAGCAGUCAGAGAUGGAUACAUCUGUGAAGUUUGACUUGAAAAUCCAAAGCUCUAAUUCUUUUGACAAUGUAAGUCCGGUUGUGUCUUAUAAAGUCGACCUUGCUGUUUUGGCUGCUGUUGAGAUAAGAGGAGUUUCGAGUCCAGAUCACAUCUUUCUUCCAAUUCCAAACUGGGAGUACAAGGAAAACCCCGAGACUGAAGAAGAUGUCGGGCCCGCUGUUCAGCACAUCUAUGAGCUGAGAAACAACGGCCCAAGUUCAUUCAGCAAGGCAAUUCUCCAUCUCCAGUGGCCUUACAGCUACAACAACGACACUCUGCUGUACGUCCUCCACUAUGACAUCGACGGGCCAAUGAACUGCACUGCAGACACCGAGAUCAAUCCCUUGAGAAUUAAGACGCCCGAAAAGAAUGACACAGCGGCUGCACAAGGUGAACGAAAUCACCUUGUCACCAAGCGGGAUGUCACCGCCGUCAGCGAGGGAGAUGUUCACACUUUGGGCUGUGGGAUUGCUAAGUGCUUGCAGAUCGUCUGCCAGGUGGGGCGCCUGGAUAGGGGGAAGAGCGCGAUUCUGUAUGUGAAGUCCCUGCUGUGGACCGAGACGUUUAUGAACAAGGAGAAGCAGAACCACUCCUACGCCCUGAAGUCGUCCGCGUCGUUCAACAUCAUAGAGUUCCCUUACAAGAAUCUUCCCAUCGAGGACCUCUUCAACUCCACACUGGUCACCACUAACAUCACCUGGGGCAUUCAGCCAGCGCCCAUGCCUGUGCCUGUGUGGGUGAUUGUCUUGGCAGUGCUUGCAGGGCUGCUGUUACUAGCUGUUUUGGUGUUUGUAAUGUACAGGAUGGGCUUCUUUAAACGCGUCCGACCACCCCAGGAAGAGCAAGAGAGAGAACAGCUGCAGCCCCAUGAGAAUGGUGAGGGGAACUCGGAAACAUAACUGCGCUCCCUACACUGCACCCGCGUCCUGCACACAUGCCGCCUCGACG